GCCUUGUGGUCAGAGGUCAGACCAGCAGUUCUGGAAAGCCUGUGCUGCUGGGGGGUACCUGGGGGCCACUCCUAGCCUGAACCUCUGGCAUCGGCAAGACUGGCCUGGAGCCAACAGGAAGGUGAGUGGCCCUGCUCACAAGGGUGUCACCUUUCCUCUCGGGUCUGCCCCCUCUAAACUGGCUGGGGCCAUCAGGACAAGCUGUUGGUUGGCCCGCCCCACCGCGGUGGGGUACAGAGGGCAGGUCAGAGCCAAGAUUCCAGCUCCAAAACUCCCCGCAGAAUAAAAGUGAAAACUUUUUUCUAGUUUCAGUCUUCCCUUUAUUUUCUACACACUAAACCCACAUCUUGGGUUUUCAGGCCCAUUUAAGCUUGGCUCCUGCUGGGGUGCAAAGGCGGGGGCAGCCCAGGGGCCCUCCCACUCUAAGCUCCACCCGCUCCUUCCUGGAGGCUGGCUCCAGAUCCCUCCCACUUGGAAUUCAUAAACCCUUCAGCUUGGAGAACAGUUCUGCACCCACCCCACCCCACGGCACCCGGUUCGCCACAGCACAGAGUGGUCACAGGACCGACAUCCAGAGAGGUCUGGCAAGUUGGCCGCCCUCUGUCCCCGACGCUGUGGAAUGGAGCUCAUCCCAGACACCUCACGCCCGCCGCUGGCAUAUGUGAAGGGAAUCCCUCUCAUCAAGUACUUUGCAGAGGCCCUGGGCUCCCUGCAGGACUUCCAAGCCCGGCCUGACGACCUGCUUAUCAGCACCUACCCCAAAUCUGGCACCACCUGGGUGAGCGAGAUCCUCGACAUGAUCUACCAGGGCGGUGAUCUACAGAAGUGUCGCAGGGCCUCCAUCUUAAUCCGGGUACCCUUCCUUGAGUUCAAGGCUCCAGGUGUUCCCACAGGUUUGGAGGCUCUGAAGGAUACACCAGCUCCACGACUCAUUAAGACACACCUGCCCUUGGCUCUGCUCCCUCAGACCUUGCUGGAUCAGAAGGUCAAGGUGGUCUACGUGGCCCGCAACGCAAAGGAUGUGGCUGUCUCCUUUUACCACUUCUACCGCAUGGCCAAGGUGCACCCAGACCCUGGCACCUGGGACUGCUUCCUGGAGAAGUUCAUGGCUGGGGAAGUGUCCUACGGGUCCUGGUACCAGCACGUGCGGGAGUGGUGGGAGCUGAGCCACACCCACCCUGUUCUCUACCUCUUCUACGAGGACAUGAAAGAGAACCCCAAGAGGGAGAUUCAGAAGAUCCUGAAGUUCUUGGGGCGUUCCCUGCCAGAGGAGACCGUGGAUCUCAUUGUCCAACAAACGUCUUUCAAGGAGAUGAAGAAAAACUCCAUGGCUAACUACAGCACCAUACCUGCUGACAUCAUGGACCACAGCAUUUCGGCCUUCAUGAGGAAAGGCAUCACCGGGGACUGGAAGAGCACCUUCACUGUGGCCCAGAAUGAGCGCUUUGAUGCUGACUACGCCGCGAAGAUGGAGGGCUGCGGCCUCAGCUUCCGCACAGAGCUAUGAGUGCUGUCCCUGGGAGGGCGCCCAAGGCCCCGCGGCUGCGACCCGCCCCAGCCUCAAAAAUAAAAUUCCAUGUGUAUUCCA